AACUUUUUGUCACACCGAACACGUCAGCGAGAAAUUGUGUGUUUUGUCGGCGACAUUUCAUAUUUAAUUUCGAUUACUUCUCGCUGUCUCCAAUUAGAUUUAUAAUUUGACUUUCCGCAAAACACUUUGACUGUUCCUCUACAAUCUGCCAUAGAAAUCCAGCCUGAAAAUGGUUUUGAUAGCGGCCGCUGUGUGUACAAAAAGUGGAAAAGUGAUAAUAUCGCGACAAUUCGUUGAGAUGACGAAAGUCCGCAUCGAGGGACUGCUCGCCGCCUUCCCAAAACUGAUGACGACCGGGAAGCAGCACACAUUCGUCGAGACGGACUCCGUGCGAUACGUCUAUCAACCCUUGGAGAAAUUGUACAUGCUCCUGAUUACCACCAAAGCGAGUAACAUCCUUGAGGAUUUGGAGACGUUGAGGCUGUUCUCGAAAGUGAUCCCCGAAUACUGCCACUCUCUUGAGGAAAAGGAAAUUCUCGACAAUGCAUUCAAUCUUAUUUUCGCCUUCGAUGAAAUCGUUGCUUUGGGCUAUCGCGAAAGUGUCAACUUGGCCCAGAUCAAAACAUUUGUUGAAAUGGAUUCGCACGAAGAGAAAGUAUACCAAGCUGUACGGCAAACACAGGAACGCGAAGCCAAACAGAAGAUGCGCGAAAAAGCGAAGGAGUUGCAGAGGCAAAGAAUGGAAUCGGCCAAACGAGGUGGAAACAUCGGCCGUGGUGGACACGGUGGCUUCUCUUCAGAUGGAUUUGGGUCGAGUGGCGGUAUUGGAGGUGGAUCCAAUAUCAGUGCACCAUCAAUUGAAAAUAUUGAGAUUAAGCCAAGCAUAAAACUGCAAAAACCAUCACAACCACGCAACGCUUUGAAACUGGGCGGAAAAUCGAAGGACGUCGACUCAUUUGUUGACCAAUUGAAGAGUGAAGGGGAAAAAAUUUCAACGUUGACACCAGCCUCAACCGCGGCGGCUGCUGUAGCUCGCCCGAAAAUUGCUUCUGAUAUUCAUACUGAAAGUGUACACUUGAAGCUUGAAGACAAACUGGUCGUUCGUCUUGGACGUGAUGGUGGGCUGCAAACCUUCGAGCUUUCAGGCCUUCUAACACUUCGAAUCUCAGACGAGAAAUUCGGUCGUAUUAAAGUGAAAUUGGAGAAUGCAGACCAACGGGGCAUUCAACUUCAAACGCAUCCAAACGUUGACAAGGAGUUGUUUAAGACGAAAGGUUUAAUUGGAUUGAAAAAUCCGGCUAAACCGUUUCCACUCAACACGGAUGUCGGUGUGCUGAAGUGGCGUUAUCAGACACAGGAUGAGUCAGCUAUUCCACUGACCAUAAAUUGUUGGCCCUCCGAGAAUGGAGACGGUGGCUGCGAUGUCAACAUUGAAUACGAAUUGGAACACACUAGGCUUGAAUUGCAGGAUGUUUGCAUAGCGAUUCCGUUACCCAUGGGCGUACAACCAGCUGUCGGUGAAUGCGAUGGAACUUACAACUACGACUCACGAAGGCAUUUGCUCCAAUGGAAUUUGCCAAUCAUUGACGCUUCCAACAAAGCAGGAUCACUUGAGUUCAGUGUGGCAUCAUCGAUACCUGGAGAUUUCUUCCCGCUACAGGUCAGCUUCGCGUCGAAAACAUCAUAUGCCGAUCUACGAGCCCACGAUAUUGUCACUGUGGAUGAUGAGACCCCGGUUAAAUACUCCUCGGAGACAUUCCUGUUUGUUGAUAAAUAUGAAAUUGUUUAAAUGAUUAGGGAUAAUUACGGAAUUUAAAUUUUAUAUAUACAAUCAUACGAUUAGCAAUUACCUUUUCGAGGGAGCACGAAAGAGCGGCGAGUGUGCGAUGAAAGAUGAUAGAAAUAGUUGAAUAUGUUUCUCUGCAAAAUCUUGAGUAUUUUUAAACCUAUGUAUCAUACUUAGAUCCUAGGGUCCACCAUUUUGUUCUUGUUCUUUUCUAGAAAUAUAGUAUUGAAGACCUCAAACUGGACAGUGUGUUACAUGCUGUAUGCAAGAUGAUUAUUUUAUGCAAAUAAAUUAAAUGGAAGGCAUAAAUGCCAAACGCGCCAUA